AUGUAUACUGCUAGUGUAAUUUCAAUACUUUUGCUAAAUAGUGUAAAGAAUAGUUCACAAAUAUAUCUAUUUAGUGAUGAUGGUGUUAGAGGAGAGAUGGGUGAAGGAGUGAUUAGGGCAGCGGAUGCUGACGUAGGUAUUGUUAAGGAUCUAAGGGCAAGUAUUGGACAUUUAAAUGAGGUGAAAGAUGAUAUAUUGGAUUCAUUACGUGUCCAGGAAAAAGGUGUUAUAACAAUGAACAAGUUGCUCGAUGGACCUGGAAAAGGUUUUGAAGACGCAGAGAUUAUUAGGGAGGAAGUAAUUGAAAGGGUUAAAUCAUCAGCUAAAUUGGCGAAAACAAUAAUAGCAAUUAUUGAUAGUGUCAUUCCCCCUAUGAAUGAAAAGAUAGAUGAAAUAGUUAAAUGUAUAAGUGAGGAAGUAUCCUCAGAGGCUGGCAAAAGGUGUAAUUCAUAUAUAAAUGAUGCGUAUACUUUGUCAGUAAAUACUACUAAAUUUAUCGACAAGAGGUUCUUAUCGAUCGUCAAAGAUGAUCAAUACAUCCAAAAUAUGCUCAACGAACUAUCACUCAGAUUGCAAAAUAAGUCUAGUCCUCAUAGUAGGGAAGAAAUAAUUGGAGCAUAUGGUAAUAAUUUUAGCAAUGCAAUUGGAAAUAUAAAAAUGUAUUUCAAAUUGGUGGAAGAAAAAAGGAAUUAUAUAACAGCAGAAUCUGAAAAAAUUAGUGAUUUGAGAACCUCCUGUAUGAGAUCUCUCAAGGCCAUUAAGAGGUUUAAUAAGGUUGAAGCUGAAAAUCUGCUAACUAAAAUCACUCACGAAUACAUGUUUAUGAAACACACAGAGGAUGAUGUUUAUAGCUAUAUUGAGGAUGUGUUACACGUACUUUACGAUGCUGAAAACAUGGCUAAUGCCAUGAUAACAAAGUUUAAUGGCAAUGACCAACUUGUAUUAGAUGAUAUAAUUGGUUCACUAGAUAAUAUUAAUGAAAUUAUAGAAAAUGUAGCCUUCACAUUUGAUGAAGAGGGAAACUUGUACCGGGCGAUUACGACUUUUAAAGUGUCUGUUGAAAAAAAUAGGAGGCUAGUUGAAAAGGCCAAUGCCUUUGUUGAUGACUUGCUUGUAACUCGAAACAGGGAUGUGUUUAAGCCCUUUAAAAAGCCAUUUGAAUAUUUGACUAUUAAAAACGUAAUUGAUAGUAUUAAGCUGCUUAAAAAUGCCAAGAUGGAUCUGCAAGAGAAGAUGUCCAAGGUGGUUCAGAUUACCCAAACUGAGGGAUUAGUGUUUAAAGCGUUGGGAAUUGUAAGUGAAGAGGGGUAUAAACCAAAAACUUUUCAUGAAAAAUUGUUUGAAAUUGGGAAAGGGAUUGAAGACCAAUGUAAGCAUAUUUUUGAUGAUGUUAACGGUCUAAUUGUGAUACACAAGUACGACCAAACAAUCUUGUAUAUGUCCAGCUGUCUAAGCCAACAUUUGGGCGACAAAGACAGCGCUAACACCAAUGAUAAUAUGGGAGAUGGUAAAUUACAAUCAAGCAAAGACUGUAAGGAAGCAUUUAGGCUAUUAUGGAAUCUCAACGACAAACACGCCAAGAACAAAAUAGACAAGGCACUUGUGGCGCUGAGGGAGAAAUUGGAGGCGCAACGAUUAGUACUGGCCAUUUCCAUUUUGUCUAGGGACUAUGACGCUAUGGGCAAGGAUAUGGGAGUCAUGCUGAAUGACAUUGCGAUGAAAAAUCCAGAUGUUGGAAACUUUAUCAGUGCAGUUAGUGACAAACAGCUGGAGAAAAUGUUGGCGAAAUUUUAG